AAGUGCGGGGUGUUGCCGGAAGUGCGGGGUGUUGCCGCGGCAACCAAGGCUGCGGCCAUGGGCGAGCUGGGUUCGGAUGAUGCGGAUGGAAACACCUACAGCUUACGACCCAGCCUCCAGCGCCGGUGAGCCCGAGGAGGUCUGGGCUGCUCCGUGGUGCUGGACCUGGAGGUUUAAAUCAUCCACAGUAAAAGAAUGCAUCCAUGCAAUACUGAAGGAGAAGCUGGCCAACGUACAGUACAUACCAGAAAAAAUGCCUCAGCUUACAAUGUCCUUAUCAGAGGCAAUAAAAGACAGACUGAAGGAGGAGGGAUUUGACAGGUACAAAAUGGUGGUGCAGGUUGUGAUUGGAGAGCAGAGAGGAGAAGGAGUAAAUAUGUCUGCACGAUGUUUCUGGGAUGCUGACACUGACAGCUAUGCUCAUGACGUGUUCAUGAAUGACAGCCUAUUUUGUGUGGUAGCUGCAUUUGGCUGUUACUACUACUGAAGAUGGUGAAUGCUGAACAGAGGGACAGAGGUGGUGGAGAACACUUCAGGGUGGGUUUUGUUAACAGGCACAAAGGCAUCACAUUCUACCUUUGCUACCUAAGUAAAUAACAGCUCUACAAAGCAUGUCCUGCACCUGUUCUACACACUACAGUAUUCCCUCUUCCUUGUGGAUAUUUAUACAGUUUUAAGCACAAUAUUUUUAUGUCCUUUAUUUAAAUUGGCCUUUGUUUUUAGAUAGUGUUGGGCUUUGCCUGAAAGGGUAUUGCCAAGAGCUGUUGUUUCUAAGGCAAAUUCAGCUUCCCUCUUGAAAGGUUGUUUUUUGUUUUGUUUUGUUUUUCUGAAAUGAAUGAAAUCUUUGUAAGAAAUGUAACUUAAUAAAUCUGUAUUUAAUAUUUCCUCUC